AUGCACAAAGGCAAGGGCAAGGACAAUUCAUUGAGGGAUUCGACUCAAGACACCAAAACAACAGCUUGUGCAAGCAAACCCCUCAGGAUAUUCGACACUGUUAUGGGAGAGAUUGCAAAUGUGCAUCCUUAUGCAAAGACGGUACUGGGCGUGUUGUCUUCUGCAGCCAAAACUAUUCUAACUCAAGUGGAUCGCGACACAUCGAUCGUUGCUGGUUCUUCAGAUAAUACUGUUCAGCUGUGGGAUGCAGGGAUGGGGGAGCCAGUCGUACACGUCUUACCAUCUCACUAUCGCUCGCAUACCGCUUUCACCCAGUUCCGCUUUUCGACGCGCGACUUUCCCGCGCUUCGCGCGCCUAUAGCGCCUUUGUUCCUGCGCUUUCGCCUUAUCACGCGCUUUGCGCAUUCCCCCUAG